UACAUAGCCACUACUCUUUCCUCUCUUAUCUCACAAUCACUUAUUUCACAACUUAUCUUCAUCUCAUUACAACUUUCCUAUAUAUUUCUGAAUUCAAAAACUCAAUAUCUCACCAACUAGUAUACAUGGCAGAUAAGUACUCCCACCCUCGCAACAGAAGCUGUUGUUGCUGUCUCUUUACCUUCUUCUGCAAGCUUCUGGCUUCACUCAUCGUCCUCUUCGGUCUCAUAAUCCUUAUCUUCUACCUCAUUGUUCAACCCCACACCUUCAAAUUCUAUGUCACGAAAGCCGAAUUAACCCAGUUCGACUAUACCGACAGCACACUACAUUACAACAUGGUGCUCAAUUUCACUGCCCGCAAUCCAAACAAAAAACUCGGUAUCUAUUACGAUAAAGUUGAGGCUCAUGCAUUCUAUGAAGGGGCAAGGUUUGCAAAUGUCGAUGUGAUCACACACAUGAACUCUUUCCGCCAAGACAAAAAAAGCAGUGACCCUAUGAGUGGUGUUUUCUCGGGACAACAGUUGUUGAUGCUCCAUAGUGAUCAAGUGUCUGAAUUCAACAAAGAUAAGAGUGUUGGAGUUUAUGAUAUCUAUGUGAAACUCUACUUCAGGAUUAGGUUCAAACUCGGAGACUCGAUUUCUCACAAUUACAAGCCCAAAGUCAAGUGUGACAUCAAUGUUUCGUUAAAUUCUAGGAAUAAUGCAACUUUUACCUUUACUAGGGUUUUGCCUACCAAGUGCGAUGUUCUGUUCUAGGUUCUACCACCUCUGUUUUAUUUUUUGGAUUUUUUUCUCAAAUAUUUCUUUUUGUAAGUUUAAAGAUUUGUGACACUAUUUGUUACCUUUUUGUUUGUUCAUUAUUAAACAUGGUCAUGAUAUAAACAUGGUCAUGCCAUCAUGCAAUGUAUACUUUGGUUCUAUAGAUUUUUUUACUUGAUCUCAAUUUAGGAUGUAAUAAAGACUCUUUUACUUUUAUCAAGAUUAAUUUGU